CCAGCAGCAACGGCGUGAACAACCAUGAAGUUCUUUGCUCAGGUCGUUGUGUUGCUGGCAGUCGCCUCCAUGGCUCUGGCUCUGCCCUACGGCCUAGGCGGUUACGGCCUCGGUGGCUACGGCCUCGGCGGCUACGGCGGCCUCGGCGGCUAUGGCGGAUAUGGCGGCUACGGCGGCUUGGGCGGCUACGGUGGCGGGUACGGCGGGUACGGAGCCGGGUACGGCCUCUCCACCUCGCUCAACUUCGGUGCCGGCGUGGGUGGCUACGGCGGCGGCUUCCUAGGCUGAGUCUGCAUUGUUUCGAUUGGAAUAAAC